GAACAUGGUUUGCUCUAUGAAGCCCAGCUGAAUUGCAAUGACAUUCUGAUACACCCGCAGAACCGGGCUGGAAAAAUGUGCUUGCCAGCCGAAGUGCAUGCCAAAGGUUGCAAGAUGCUGAAAACAGGGGCAGACCCCAGCAGAUUAGAUGGCAUUUGCUUUGAAGUCGCUGCAACAGCAGCCACCAGGUCUCAGCAGUUCCAAGCCAACCAAGAUUUGCAGGAGCAAAGCGGUGGCAAGCUAGCCAAGGUUCGCUUCACUGAAAGGUAUUUGUCCGUGUCUGGAAGCCACACUGUCUCGUUUGUCAAGAGUGUGGCACAGGGAUGUGCGACCGAUGAUCCUGGUUUGCUGGAUAUGUGCCCAAAUGGCCAGCUUUCGCUUGAAGCUCUGUUGAGUGGCAGCAGUGUGCCACUCGAUGAGCACCCAUUCACACAGAUGGUGAAAAUUGGGUGGACUUGGAAAAUCAUCAGGCAGGAGGUGGAGCAAGAAUUUAGUGAUCUUCCUGCAUUGAUACAACAAGCCCAACAUUCUUCGCAUGCCUUGGCUAGCCACGUGAACGAAAUUGAGGCUGCCAUGCAGGUCGCUUUUUGGUUCAACCAAUGCAAUGACAUGGCAGAAGCAGUCAAAUUGACUGUGGCGUCUCAACCUGCUUGCUCUCACUACAUGGAAACUAUUGGGUUCUAUGUGAGAUUGUACGGUGGAGGUGAAGAUUUCCCUGUCAUGAAAGUGUUGGAUGGCAUUUCGAAGCUCUAUGGCAGCAAUGCUUGCAUUGGCGAGGAGUUCAUGGACCAUGUGACAUUUCUGGAUUUCAAAGAUCCAGACACAACAUUCGUUUGGCUGAGAGCCGGGUGUUUGGCAGCAAACUGCACCAGCCCCAGGUCAGUGGAUUCGAUAUCCAAGUUCUUGGUGAAGAGCGACUUGGACAAAUUGAAGCAUGCGAAAAUCAGAGCAGAUGUGAAAAAGGGUGAAGACUUGUGUUCUUUGGCAUGGGAGACCUUGUGCCAAGGGCAUUUGCAGACAGACAAGAAAGGCAUCACUCUGAUGGGCAGGCUGCUGGUGAGAGUAGUUCUGGUCCUGACGAACAAAUCAGGCAAGGGUCGCGAGCAGAAGGUUUACAAUAACCUGCAAGAAGUCAAUGACACCUUCGUUGAAGAAUUGUCGUCUUUGCAGAACCCGAACAGAGCACCGAACCCAGCUCAACCUGCUCAAGCUGUACCUGCCACUACCCAAGCUGGAGCUGUUGUCUCUUUGAAGGACGCAGCAAGUGCAUCUCACAUCGCGCUGGAAAGCCACAAGCACUUGGCAAUUGGAAAGCUCUAUGUGCACAAGGAUGACCACCGCAAGAUCUGGAAGUUUGUCGCCAUUGAUUCCCGAGCAGGAAAAUUUACUCACCAGCCUUUGUUUGGAUCUCUUGAAGAAGCAGUUGUGAAGCUAUCAGAUUUGAAAGAUUGGAAGGUGUGUACCCUGAACGAGCCUGAGCUUGUAGACGAUGGAAAACUGGAGAACAUGCUGCCUUUGAAAUCCCAACAGCUUGAUGUCUUGCUUGCGAAGGCUCAAUGCCAGGUGGGAGUGUAUGAAUUCUACGAGAAGCAGGGUGAACCAGAUGUCACCAUCUCGAACACAGGCAGUUUGUAUGCCAGGAAGACCAUGAAGAAAGGAAGCUUGAAGUUGGCGCCAUUUGGCUCCGUGCAAAUUUGUGACAUGUCCAAAACAGCCAAAAAUGCUUGUGUGCUGCAAGUGCAAGGAAGGACGGAGACGUUUGUAGUGGCACCACCAAAAGCUGACUUCAAGAAAGGCAGUGGGUCCUUUGUGCCUUUUCAUCUCCUGAAACAUGCUGAUGAUGGCAACGAGGCUGCUGGAAACAUGGAAAAGGUGCAAGUGAAACAUGAAAAGAUGACAAUCCCUGUGUACAAGAACAAGCGGCAGAUUGACGAAGGAACCGAGCUGCUCUGGGAGCCUUUGCCAGCAGCUCGCAAGAAGUCUUAA